CUCAGGGAGGAAGCCGAGAAAAAAAGCCGCCUCAUACCGCGGUGUUCAUGAUGAGCGUCUCACGCCCAGCACGAUGUGUGUUCUCCUCCGCAUCGUCAAUUGCGAAGGCGCGACCAAUGGUCCAAUGCCGAGAUUUCUCAACGACCCAGUCUCUUCCGGGCCGACGUCGUCGUCGGUUUGCUAGUGUCAAGGCCGAGGAUAUGGGAUUGCUAUCUCAGGCUCCCACAAGCCAGGUGCUGAAGAGCUACACCAAGAAAGAUGAGCAAAACCUGUCGAAAAGAUACACCCCCGAUCAAAUGCGUGUCAUCGCCGCUGGCGAGGAGGCAAUCGACCUCGAAGAUAUCCGCAGCCAAGGUGUCGUCCGCAACGACCCCUACGCAUUCAAAUACCUCGACGACUUCUCUGUCCUUCGCCCUACUCUGGACAAAAUACCCAAGGCCCCGAGCACUGUUCCUAAAGGCGCACGCUGGUUAAAUGAGACAGAGCGGUUUGAUCAGGUCAACGAAUGGCUGGGGAAGAUGACGGAGGAGAAAGAACUACAGGGUCUGACUGAGCCCAAUGCUGUGCCCAUAACGCGGCUAGACCUGCAGAAGUUCAUCGAUGAAACUCCAUCGAUGACAGGCGGCGGCAAGUUUGGGUCCGACGUCCUUGCGCCUGCCCUUCCAAAGGUUCCGAGCAUGGUAGGGAUGUACCAGAACUCGACUCUUGUCGACAAACGCGACCCUACCGGUACCUACGACAAAGUGAGGAGGCAGACUGGAAUGAGCCUUGAUGAUAUCUUGGCCCUGGACGUGAAGAAUAUCGUGGCUCAUAGAGUUGUGAAUAUGACACGUUUAGGCCGAGUACAGAGCUUUUAUUCGUUGUCUAUUGCUGGCAAUGGGAAUGGCAUGCUUGGAUUGGGAGAGGGGAAGUCUGCAGAAAUGGUAGAUUCAUUGAAUCAGUCUCGCAUGGCCGCUAUCAAAAACAUGAAGCCGAUCCCGCGCUACGAAGAUAGGACGAUAUUUGGCGAAGUUGAGGCGAAAGUUUCGGCUGUGAGGGUUCAGUUGAUGUCGAGGCCACCUGGAUUUGGACUCCGCUGCCAAUACCUUAUCUUCGAAAUGUGUCGCGCUGCUGGUAUCAGAGACGUGGCUGCGCGUGUCCCGUUCGCGAGGAACAAAAUGAACACGGCCAAAGCCACAUACGAGGCGUUGAUGAACCAGAGGAUCCCGGAUGAGGUUGCUCGUGGGUUGGGCAAGAAGCUAAUCGAUGUGCGGAAGGUUUAUUAUGGAGGAGACCAGCAACUUCCCAAAAGGCAGAGGACGGAUGAUGCUGAAGUGUAAAGAAAGGGACUUGAGGUCUGGGACA